UCGAAUUGUGACCAGGAAAUUGUGUUAGUCAAAUCCAUUUACUUUAAAGAAACGAGUCUAGCUUACUUUGUCAAGUGAAAAUUCUGGCUCUUUGAAACAAAAUUUGAUGACCUUGUGGACAUUACGCGUUGAAUUUACGUGCUACAACAACAACAUUGUCGACGCGUGGUGUCUCGAGAUCAGUUUUUAUCUCGGGGGAACAGGCAAAUCCCUCCAAAGAUGUCAGGCACAUAUAAGGUGCUGUCUCAGAACAGGCGACUUGUGGCAUACCUCCCUUGCCUGCGGACAGCAAUUAAACAGACGCGGGUGUUUUCUUCCUUUAGAAGCCAUCAUCCCUCAGAGGGUCAGUUUAUAGAGGAUCCAACCAAUCGCAAUUCAGACCAGAACUUCAUUUGGCCAGAUUCCUCCUUGGGACCCUUGGCCACUAAGGACAAGCGCUUCCCCCUGCCAGGAUCUACGGGCAUAUCCCAGCAUUUACAGCCACCCAGUGCUCCUCUUGAAGAGCUACAGGUUGACCCCACGGAACUGAUCAAGGUUGACAGGGACGAGAGGCAGGCCUCCAUCCUUACAGAGUUUAACCUGGUGGCAGAGAUGGAGACUGCCCUAUCUGGCACUGGUCCCUGGGAAUGCGUUGCUCAGGACUGCCCACAGCUCCUACGUAAAGAUUUCCAGGAGCUUUUCCCGGGGCGUGAUCUCUCUAGAAGUCAGCUGACUGUGAUAACAAUAAGUCAUCGCACCAAGAAUGACAUGAGCAUGUGGAGUCCUGAAGUGGAGGCUGAACGAGAAGACCUUCUGAAGACGUUCAUGAAAGGAGGAGAAGAACUGUGCUCUGUGCUGAAAGAGAUGGGAUACUGGGCAGAUUUUGUGGAUCCUUCAUCAGGAAGACCUUAUUACGGAGAAUAUACCAAUGCUACCCUCUUUGAAACAGAUGAACGCUACCGUAGGUUAGGAUUUGAAAUUCAAGAUCUUGGCUGCUGCAAGGUCAUUUCCCAUCACCUGUGGGGCACUCACACAUUCCUGGGCUCUGUGUUCACAAAUUGCCCCACGGACGACCCGGUUUUAGAAGGACUGUUAAAGGAGCACAUGUGAUUUAGAUCUAGGAUUUAUGAAAGUUGUAUACGUGUCACUGUCAGACAUGGAAGAGACAAGAGCUUCAUAAAGAGAUUUGAUAAAAAGAUAUAGUGUGUACCUGCACACGCGCAUGUAAAGAAAAAAUAAACAAAAAAAAGACGAAAAAAAAAAAUUAUUCCGUGUCUACUUUCCUCCAGUGAAAGGAAAUUUUGGUUGCCACUACCCAUGUGCUAACUUGACCAGGUUAUUUGCAUAAAAGUUGUAUUCUACUCAAAUCGUAAAAUGUUUUUCUUUUUUUUUUGUGUUGAGUCAACUUGGUAAAUCUUAAUAAAACUUUGUUUAGAAAUUUAUAUGAACAGAAUGUAUCAUAGCGGUCAUAACAUUUUAUAACAUGAUAGGUGAUAUUGGCUUUAUUAUUUGCAUUUUUUUUUCAUAUGAAGAUUUCUUACUGGUACUUGUUAAGUGAUCUUGGUUCCAUACCUUUUUUAUGUUUUCAUUGCUAACAGAAGAGGAAAAUGUCAGCGCUGACAUUACUUUCAUCAGAAAACAAACUUGUUAUACGCGGUAUUUAGUAUUCCUUACACGGGCAUAUUCACAUAUAUGUCAGUCAAGCCAGAUAUUUUGUCUUAGUUUAUGAGGUACUAGCUAAGAGUGACUUGUUAAAAAUUUUGUUAACGCGAUGAAAGAUGACGGAUUAGUGAGUAGCUGUGUUAAGAUUUAAACACUUUAAAAUCUGUUUGUAUUUUGAGUUUAAAAUAAGUACUUGCAUUUGGGUUUCGAAUACGUACCUUAUAUGACCUAAAAUUACGCCCACAAAAGUGCAUUUUCAAAGGCAGAUAAAUCUCACAAAAUAUUAUUUUUGGUGCUGAAGCUGACAAUUUUCCGGUAGAAUAUCAUCCCAUAUUCCAAACAAACCUCAAAACACCUUUCUAAUAUCAACCAGAACUCUCAGAAUUAGGAAAAAUGGGCAAAUUAGUGAUGGACGACAUUUAUGGUCAUUUAAGGUAUUUGCUUUUUGGGAUUGAACCAACGUAUUUUUGUUUUGGGAUUAAACGGACUUCUUCUGUAAAAUAGUGGGAUGGAGACAAACUUAAAUAAUGUGAUGAAAAUUUGACUGUUGAGAAAAGUCAGAUUUGUUUUGAGUUCUUCAUGUUUAUCUUAGAUUUAAGCCAAACAAGUUUAGAUGUAUGACACGCCAUUGAUCUGACACAACCAGUCCACAUUCUACUAUUCGUAAUGGAUUGCAUAUGCAAGUGCUAUAUAUAGAUAUUCAAAUUCCGGUAUAUCUGCCUGUUUUUUUUAAUUGAAACGAAGUUAAGCGUAUAUAUGUCUUUUAUUUGAUACUCGUUUUUUUUUGGCCUGUGCCAAAUAGCGAUUUCUUUAAGAUUUUUUUCGGCUCAUCUCAUCCACUUUCAUUUUGCGAUGUAUCAGUUUGUGCAGAAAGCUUGGAGCGAGCCAAGCGACUUUAAAAAAGAAAAUACCAGUGCAUUUAUUGUUUUAUGUGCAUUUGUUACAUCCGCAAAUGUUUCCAAUAUUAAAAACAUUCAGAGAAAAACAUGCCAUGGAAGCUUGGCUGAGAAGAAAAUAUUUGUGCAUUUUGUUCUUGUUUUCCUUUAGAAAAAUGCGCCUAUUUCAUAUUACUUUCGUGUUAUUUUCAUUUUCAAACCUUUUGUCGUUUCUGAUUCAUCUGACUAGUUAGAAGUAGGCUGUUUGUGGUCAGUAAGGAGGGAGGCGAAAUGAGCACAUUGUUAUCUUCUCUGUUAGCGCUGUAUGUACAUGUCCUAUGGCUUCAGGUGUGCUCGUAGUACAAGCACCUGGGGCCGAUUCCACAAAGCCAUUUCUGACUAAGUCAAAAUUUAGAAAAAUUUACGAUGCUUAGUUUUUGGUACUGGAAGUUGAAAUUUGGGUACAUUUGUGUUAAGAUAACAUUGAUGAAGGGUACAAAAUGUUAAUUACUAAAACCCCAAAAUAAGCUUUGAGAUCGUAUUUUAAAUUUUGACUUAAGUCAGAAAUGUCUUCGUGUGGUCGUCCCCUGCUACUGGACCAGUGGAGUGCAAAUACUUGUAUGUUGUUAUCAGGUAAUACAAUCUUUAAUUUUGUGUAAUCUGUAUGAAAAAACGCGACUACAUUAUGGACGAAUAUUAUAAACGAAUAUAAUAUUCUAACUUUUUAACUUCAAUUUUAAUUUUCUUCCUAAUAUGUAUACAUCUAUAUGUACACUAAUUUUGUAGUCGCAGUGAACGUAUGUCAGCUGGUAGUGUCGCGCAUACUUGAUUUUCAGUCCUCAUUAUAAUUUCCAUGGAUAUCUACUUGUGUUUAAAAACAAUUUUACUGCAAACAGGUAAAGUACAUCAAAGUAAUAGCUACUGUUGUGGCGUGUUUGCCCUUGUCAGUCUGAAGGCGUGGACAAGUUUAGCGGUGUGCUCGAGAAAUAAAUCUACGCAAAAAUGUUGUUGUAAUUUUUCUCAAAGUGAAUAUUGAAUAAAAGCUGAAUUGUUUUUUCUUCA